GAUGGCGCAUGAGUAAACUUCAGUGUGGUCAAAAUGUUUUGCAGUGCAAUUCGAAACGUGCGAGGGAAUUUCCUCAAUAAACUGCCCAGGAAAUCACUGAAUCCACAUCCGAGAUAUCUCUGUAGUCCCACCACAAGUCCUCCAAGCACUGAAAAUGAAGAAAAACUCGGUGGAUUUGCGAAAGCUCUCAAAAAAUUCGAUGAACCUGAAGCAGAACCGGCUGCAAAGGAAGAGCAGACUUUUGCAGCUCUCCUGAGGAAUUCCAAAUUCAUGGAUCUUGGAGAUCCUGAAGGAAAAGUCGUUACUGGAAAAAUCUUUCACGUCGUAGACGAUGAUCUUUACAUUGAUUUUGGGUGGAAGUUCCACUGCGUCUGCACCAGGCCAGCUAAGAAUGCUUCUGAUUACGUGAGAGGAGCUCGUGUGCGUCUGCGUGUUAAGGAAUUGGAGCUCUCCACGAGAUUUCUGGGCUCCCAGAAGGACUUGACGAUACUUGAGGCAGAUUGUCAGCUAUUGGGGCUAAUAAAUCCCCCCUCGAGAUCGAAUUAAUUGUUAAUUCUCCACAAAAUAGAUUUGUAAUUGUUUUAGAGAAAAAAAAGAUCUUUUAUUUAGUUAA